UCUGCUAAGCGACAGUAACAUUAGCCCGUCUGUGAUUGGCUAGCUCCCCUGUCACUCUUCCGGUAGGAGGAGGGGCGAGUCCCCUCUAAACAUCCCCUGGUUCAUCCGUCGUGUCAUCCCUGUCACUUUAGAGCCGCCACGCAGUGACGUGAACUUCCUCGCGCGACACACCGGGAAAUCCCCAAGAGCCGAAAGAAAAAAAAAGAAGAAGUAGAAGAGCGGAGGUCCCUUUAAAUCGGAACUUCCUCGGUGUGCCGGGAGAGAAAGACAGCGAGUCCUGAUAAACAACAACACGGUGCGGAGACGCCGCUUUCUUUCUUUCAUUGUUUUUUUUUUCUCCCUUCGGCCUCGUAAAACAAAAGACCCCGUGGACUCCCCCUCCCCACCGACGUUCCCCACCAUUUCACUCGGUUUCCAUACAUUCAAGUUGCGGAAGUGAGAAGACCCCCACGAACACAAGGGACCAAAAUCGCGGCCUUUGGCGACACCUAGCGGUCAUCUGAGAGAACGACAUGUACGGAGCCUCAGGAAUCCCCGAGCUCAUUCCGCCUAGAGGGCCCCCCCGACAGCCCGGUGCGGCGGGGCAGUUCAACCCCGGACACCCACAGGUGAACGGCCACGAAGGGGGCGCUAACCCCCAGAGGCUGGGGCAGAGGGCGCCCAAGCUGGGGCAGAUCGGCCGGUCCAAGAAAGUGGACCUGGACGAUGAAGACCUGGACGACAUCAUGAACAACAACGGCCAGAUCGCGGUAUCGCUGUCCCCCAUCUCUUAGACUCCAGCAGGAAGUGCGACAGGAACCGGACGUCUGUCAGCGCUCUCGACCUCGCUCCUUUCAAGAGUCCCUGCAGAAGCUCACAAGCGACCCGCCAACGCCUGACUGUACAUAAAGUUGAUUUCCCUUCACCUCCACUCGGACUGUGAACGAGUUCUGCAUCGCUCUUUACCUCAGUAGACUGUCGGGACCGGGCGAUGUUUCUACAGCGCAAAGAUCUCAAGGGCUACUUAGCUGGAGCUGCACUCGUCAAUCGGACAGAGCUGUUGGGCCAUCUGCUUUAGCGGCCGCACUUGUAUGUGAGGGAGUUCUGCAAUGAUCCUGCUGGUGGGUUCACAGGAAAAACUACUGCUCAUUAUUUAUUGUUACAAACGGACUUUGUGUAUUUUUUGUUACUUGAUUCUGAGCGCAUGCUGCAUGCUGCUUUGGUCCAGUCGGUCAGUGCAGGACAACACUAUGCAUGAAGAAUCAAAAGCUGGUGUCUCGCUCUUAAAGGGCUAUUUUUUUGUUGUUGGUGGACUCUGCAGACGCCCUCAUUUUUUGGUUUCACAGUUGAUCCUACAACCGGAUUAAAAAAAAAAACUCUCCAAUGCCAAAUGAAGGUUGAUGCUUUAUAAUUUAUACAGAUUGUGGCACGAAUUUUGGUAUUUAUUUCUAAAGCACUAAAGUACUUUGGUCUCAAAGCAUCGCAAUUGGACGGUUUCUCGGGUAUUGAAGGACCGUUUGGGUGUUGUGACGAUGAGGGAUGCAAGACAAUCUGACACCGCCGAAGUUGCGCUUUGAAGAUGGCGGUAAUGCCGAUGUUGCAUCGUAAUCCGUACUACGUUUCGUCUCUUUCUCACUGGAUCGGCUGUGUGACUCGUGGUUGCCUUUCUGCAUGGAACUGGUGCCGUUUUCAACGUGGAAAUAAAACCUUUGGAUCUUGCUGAA